AUGGAACGAGAAAAGUGCGUGAGCAAAGCUGAGAUCGAUUCGUGUGUUCCUGGAACUACCAACGAUGGAACAAAGUGCAGGGAACAAGGAAAAACUUGCUGCAGGCCAAAGACAUCGUCCAUAGUCGCACCAAGAUGCGAAACCUACAAUGGUCGUUGCAUGGCGCCAUAUCUGUCAUCUAGAUGCAAUGCUGGUGGGGAAAAGGAUUUCACAGACCUAUUCCAAUGCCCACAGAAUAUGCUUUGUUGCGUCUUGAAGACGGAAAUUGAGAAGAGGGAGCACGAAGUGGAAGCGUAUGAUGAAUGCGGGGAAAGAGUGAUACGGAUGACGCGCUCAGCUGGCGGAAGGCCUGCGGCCAUUGGAAAGUGGCCUUGGCAGGCAGCUAUUUAUGACAUCGAAAAGAAACUUAUAGUCUGUGGCGCGGCUCUCAUUCACAAGAGAUGGGUCCUUACUGCGGCUCAUUGUAUCACCCAAGAUGGAACGGCGAAACCCCGCAACAGGGAUGUCUUUCUGAUCUAUCUUGGGAAACACUAUCGAGAAAUCGAUUACCAAACAGUCUGCCAAGGAGACGCUGGGAGUCCCAUGGUUAUACAAGAUAAAGAACACGAGGGACGCUGGACCGUAGAAGGGAUCGUGAGUCACUUUUUCAACAAAGGAGUAUCAUGCUCCAUGAGGGGUCCUGGCCAGUACGUCAUCUUCACCAAAAUCAAUCGUUGGACCCUGCUGAUACCUGACAGAGAGGUAUAUAUCCGGAUAGAGGACGCUGUUGUUGACCGGGCAACCAAGGACGGUGGAGCUUCCGUCACCCUCGGUCACCCGGUCAACAAUAGCUUCCUCUAUCGGGAUAUAUACCUCUCUGUCAGGUAUCAACAGGAUCCAACUGAUAUUGGAAAAUUAAAGUUGAAAGAUCAUUGA